AUGGAAUAUCCGUGGCAGUGGCCGUGGUUGCAUGAUCUGACGGCGCUUGCCUGCUUCUCUGUGGCGAUGUGCAUCGCCAUCAACAUGCUGGCCACGUACGCGCCAAAACCUGAGAAGGAAGGAGAGAUCGUCGCACUAAAGCGAGCGGCGUACCAUACUGCCUCAUGUUUGCAGUACCAGCAGCAGCAGAGCCUCCUCUCCAUGCUAGGACUGAGGCCCGACAGUGUGUCGAUAUUCCGACCAAUCAGCGAUCACUUCUCGACCCUGAGUGAGGUCAGUGCUGCCAUCCAGCGGGCAGGACUCGACAGAUGUAACCUCAUCAUAGGUAUAGACUUUACGGCUAGCAACGAGUGGCAGGGCCGCACGACGUUCGGCGGUCAGUCCUUGCACGCCACGCACCCGACCAAGCGACUCUUCAACCCUUACCAGAAGGUCAUAGCCAUCGUCGGCGAAACACUCGAACCGUUCGCCGACGACAAGAAACUCAUUCCGACGUUCGGUUUCGGCGACGUCGCCACGCGCGACCGCGACGUGUUCACAUUCCACAACGACGGCUCGCCGUCAGAGGGCGUCUACGACGUGCUGCAGUCGUACAACCGCAUCGUGCGCGACGUCGUGCUGAGCGGGCCGACGAGUUUUGCCCCGCUCAUACGGCGCGCGAUCAACAUCGUCAAAAUUACGGGCAGAUAUCACAUCCUCGUCGUCGUUGCCGACGGACAGAUGGCGGUAGAGUCGCCGACGAUGCAGGCGAUCGUCGACGCGUCUGCGCAUGCGCUCAGCAUCAUCAUGGUCGGCGUCGGCGACGGGCCGUGGGAGGUGAUGGAGGAGUUUGACGACCAGUUACCCGAGAGACGUUUCGAUAACUUUCAGUUCGUCAACUUCCACCAGAUGACGCGUAAGGUGAAGAACCCUGAGGCGAGCUUCGCGCUGCACGCGCUCAUGGAGAUACCGGCGCAGUACAAGACCAUCCGCUCGCUCGGUUACCUAGACGUCGCAGCCGACAGCGACGACUCCGGCGCUGCUGGUGGCGCCAUCUACGGCGAGAAGAGCUGAGGUCCGGGGUGGGAUGCUGCGUCCGCGUGGCGGCGCCAGCGUCGAGAUAUUGCGGAAGCGUGGUUGUCUUUUGCCGUGAUGAGCCGCAGAAACGCGUCCUGUGAAAUC